GGCUGCUGGGGGGCGGGGAGGGGGGUGCUGGCCUUUCAACAUGCACUAACACACGUCCCGCACCACGUCUGGAGUGGCGGGGACGCGCCUCGCCCUGCACUUCCCCGCCGUGAGGCCCCGGCACAUUUCGAGGCUUUCGGACGCGGCCAAUAUCAGGGAGCAGCGAUUUGUCGGAGCCGCGCUCAGGCACAAUAUUUGGAAAAUGGUGGCGGGAGAGCCGAAAACUUUGGUCAAACAACUGUGCUCUGAUUGGUCCACACCGAUCAAUGUUUGUCCCAACACGCCUCUGAUUGGCCGCGAGGCGGAGUCUGGUCAGGUGGGCGGGCCGCCGCCGCCGCGGGGCCAAUGGGCAGGCGGCCCUCUGAGGGGCGUGGGGCGGGGCGCGGCGGCGGACACAGUUAUUCUUAAGUCGGUAUCGGCCCUCCGAGGACAACAUUAAUCAGCGGCAGCAACGGGCGGCGGUGUGUGACAGUGUGCCCCUCACGUGUGUGUCUGCCGCCGCGACUCGCCAUGGACUCUGUGUGUGGACGCGAGUCCUCCGUGUCGCCGCCCACCGUGGUGGCGCCCGUGGCCGUCAAGGCGUCGCCCCUCAACGACGCCCAUCAGCCGGCGACGCCCACGGACCAGCAGCGGCUGCUGUACCAGCUCGCCCUCGCCGAGAGGCUGCGCCUGGCCUCGGCGGGCCUGGCCUGGGCCCGGCCACCCCUCUCUCCCCACCCGCACGCCCCCCAUCCACACCACAUGCAGGAGGUGGGCGGCAUGGUGGGCGGCCUCGUGGGUGGACACUUCAUGGGCGGCCUGGGCGCCCCGCUGAUGGGCGGGCUGGGCGGCGCUUUGUUGGGCGGCGGCCAGGGAGGAGCGGCGGCGGCGGCGGCAGCAGCAGCGGCGGCAGCCGGCUACCCGCCGGGCCACCCGCUCAGCGCCUACGGCUACCGUCUGGUGGACCCGCGCGCCCUGCUGCCUCGCGGCCCGGAGGAGCCCAAGCCGCAGCACUCGUACAUCGGCCUGAUCGCCAUGGCCAUCCUGAGCAGCCCCGACAAGAAGCUUGUGCUUAGCGAUAUUUACCAGUACAUCCUCGACCACUACGCCUACUUCCGCUCCCGAGGGCCCGGCUGGCGCAACUCCAUCCGCCACAACCUCUCCCUCAACGACUGCUUUGUCAAGGCGGGCCGCUCGGCCAACGGCAAGGGCCACUACUGGGCCAUCCACCCCGCCAACGUGGACGACUUCAGCCGCGGGGACUUCCGCCGCCGCCGCGCCCAGCGCCGCGUCAGGAAGCACCUCGGCCUGGCCGUUGACGACGACUCGUCUCCUGAGCCGCCGUCCCCGACCCCAGCACUCACUGCCGCCCACGAUUCACCCACAGCCGCCCACCUGCCACACACUACUGCGCUCACCACUUCCGACGACGGCCCGCAACCGCAGGCGUCGCUACCGCAGCCUCCUGUGGCUCGCAAGCGGCAGUUUGACGUCGCGAGCUUGUUGGCUCCUGACGACAAGCUGCCAAAAACACGCCGACACGCCCCCGAAAACGCCCACGACGCCGCCCACGACCACAGCGAGAUAGACGUUGUGUGCGACGACCCCGGCGACGACCACCGCUCCGCCUCCCCCGCCCGCACCCCUGCCGCCCCCGAGGACGAGGAGGACGAGGAGCAGCAGCCGUGGUCCCUCCUGGGCUGGGUGUCCGGGGCGCCGUGGCCGUUGCCGCCCGUGAAACCCGAGGAACCCGACCCUCGUCCCGCCGCCCGAGACCCGCCGCCCGCCCAGUGAGCCGCGUCGCCACCUCCGCCGCGGCGCCGCAGGGCCCGGGAGGAGGCCCACCUGUGAUAGCUCGCCUCAUUGUCCUGUAAUUAUUAGUUUUUAUGAUGUGUAAUAAUAAAUUGAU